AUGUCCCUGUGCAACUCUUCCCGAGGCACUACCUUCAGGCGGAGAUAUGGCUGGCUUACAGAGGUCCGGAAGCUGCAGAGGAGCACAUACCUCUUGGUAAGGAAGGUACCCUUUGCUCGCCUGGCAAGAGAAAUAUGCAGUAAAUUCACUCCAGGUUUUGACUUCAGUUGGCAAGCACAGGCCCUGUUGGCCCUUCAAGAGGCGGCAGAAGCAUUUCUGGUUCACCUUUUUGAGGAUACCUAUCUCCUCUCUUUACACUCUGGCCGAGUCACUCUCUUCCCCAAGGAUGUGCAGCUGGCCAGAAGGAUCCGCAGCAUUCAGGAAGGACUCGGCUGA